GGUUCUCGUCUUGUCCUCCAAGAGAAUCGCCCUUCAAGAGGACUAGUUGCUCGUCGGUUCCAACUGAUACUCUGUUGUUGAUCGAAACCAUGCAACCUAACUGAAUGAUUGGAGCCUUCAAUCAUAGAACAAACUAGAGGACCCUUGUCUUAUUUAAAUUCACUGCAAAUCCCCAGUUGCAGGAGAUCAUCAUAAGGAACAUUCACUAUAUCUUCUCCAAGAAAAUGGCUACAAGAUUGCUCUUCCUCUUCUUCUCCCUCAUCUUCCCAAUCCUUACGAUUUCUUCCCCAGCUCCGACCACUUCGAGCACCGGCGAGAGCUCUAUAGAGUUGAUCCGGACGCACUGCGAACACGCCAUCUAUCCAAAGUUUUGCAUCAAGUCCUUCUCCAAGUACGCUGAUGCCAUCCGACCGGAUCCAAUCCAUCUCGUCCAGCUGGCCGCCAAUAUCACCGUCAACCGCGUCCGCGGACUCUCCAUCCGAGUCUCGGCCCAUGCUCGCGCCGCGGCCGGACCCGACGCUGCUCUGCUGCUUGACUGCGCGGAAGCGCUGGCGGACGCUGUCGACCAAGCAACGAAAUCGGCGACGGAGCUGAACGCGAAGGGGUCGGAGGUGGCAGUUCUGGUGGGGAACGUGCAGUUGUGCAUGCAUGCAGCGGUGGUAGACCAGGACAGGUGCUCUGACGAUUUCGAUAGGGUCCGCCCUGGCCUUGUGAAGGACGACAUGAGCCGUCGGAUUCGCCAGGUCAAACGAUUCACUAUGAAUGCCUUCUCCCUUGUCAACGAUGUCGUCAGGGCCGUCCCAUAA